AGCAUUCAAAGCAUUAUCAAAGCAUCGCAUUAAUGUUGUUUCAGGCGCAUGUUGGUUUCCCCGACCCGUCGACCAGGUCGGGUACUUAUCCCGAGGGCCACGAAAAGGCCUGCGCCAGGACCGAGCUCGACAAGUGCGAGCAACGGCCCUUCCCUCGAGACCCCCUCCCAUCCUCUCCCCGCUCUCCCCCAUCCUCUCGACAAUCCAAAUGCAGCAUCAUGAAGAAAAAAGAAUAAAACAAAAAAGAAGAAAAAAAGGACAACGGACCUAUCGCGGUCCCGCGGAUAUUGAACCCACGACACGCGAGAACAGACACCCGGCUAGCGAGCACCUCCCCUCCAGACGACGGCGAC